AUGGAUUCAGCGGAGAUUUUGUUUUGUUUGUUGGACUCUUUGGAUAAUUGCGAUUUAGUGACAGAGGCUUCUGUCUAUUCAACUGUUGUAGACUUUGCAAAAAGCACAACAACUUCAUCAAAUUGUGUGGGGUUAGUAUCAAAUGCAAUUACGUCUUUUUUACAAGUUAGCCACACUUCUGUAAAUCACCAGCUAAGCUUACUUAGACUUCUUUCUUUGAUAAUUUCUAGCUACGCAAUAUCUGGAGAUGCCGUUUUAAGUAAUGGAGAAGGUGAUAUGGAAGGAAUUGGGAUAAUUAAUGCCACAAAUUUUAGUAUUAACAACGAUAUAUCAACGGAGGAUAUAGAGUUCUUUGAAGGCCUCACCAAAUUUGUAUUGAACGAAUAUAUAUUUUUGAAAAGUAACGACCCAAGAAGAGUUGCACUUCUACAGGUACUUGUUAGCUUAGUAUUUCUGAUCCCAGAUAAACUUGUUGAAAUUCUUCUUUUUGUUGCGGAAGAGUCACGUACAAACUAUUCAAGCGGUGGGAUAUCUUCGGUUCUUGUUGCAAUUUCCGCAAUUUCUAAGAUUUUCCCCGAAUUAGUUUGCAGAAAGGGCCAUGAUAUAAUAGUAGAGUUACUUUCUCUUUUACACAAAGCUGCUAGUGGUGAUUCAGGAUCAAAAAGCACAUCAGCAAAUUUUAUUUCUAAGGUAGAGCUUGUUCGUUGUUUAGCGGAUGUGGCUGAUGCACUUAGAAACAGUAGCAUAGAGAGAACUGCAUUUGCAGGGCUUAUUGGAACUGCAUUUGACGCACUUCUAAAUGACUGGGUUCCAGCAAUUCAGAAGGAUAAAGAAGUUUUUUUUCUUUCAUUUCCAACUCUGGAGACUCUUGGCCACCUUGCUCAAGUAAUUGAUGACGAACAGUUAAAGCAGCAUGCACCGAAGCUUCUUUCCGUAUAUCUUCAAAUUCUGAAUUCAUUAUUGAGUAAAAAAAACAAGUAUUUUCCAUCUUUUGUUAGUGUAUUUUCGGAACCUUUGAGAGAAGAUAACAAAUGCAAAGAUCUUUUACAAAGUAACAUAUAUACUGUUAGAUGGAGACAGUAUCAUGCGGUUGCAACAUCAGCCCUCACACCACUUUUAAACAGCAAAUCUGAGACUAUUGCGAUAUCUUUACAUUAUUCUAUACUUUCUGGAUUUAAGCUUUUUCUGGAUAGAUGCCACUCUAUUUUUAGCAAUGUGUUCCAAAGUCAAGAUACAACCAGUUCGCUAUUAAGUGUACUUACUCAAUAUUGUGCAAUUUUUCAUAGACUUUAUGCUCCUGCUCUUUUACCAGGUCACACUGCCUAUACUGAUACAUCAAAUGAUGCAAUGGCAAUUGAAAAGGAGCUUUUUGAAUUGAAAAAUGGACUUAAGUACUUUUGUUGGGAUAUUGAAGCAGUAAAAGAGAUUAUUACUACUCACCAUGAACUUAUUUUGUGUUGGAAGUCCUUAAUUAAACAAGACAAUACUAGGGAAGCAGUAAUCAAAUUUUUAUUUGAAAAUAUUGACAUUAAGUCUGCAAAUCGUCUUUCAACCAUGUUUAUACUAAGUAAUAUUAUUGAAGAUAUUCCCUUUGAAAAAGUUCAUAAAUUGGGAAAUGUCGAAAUUACAGUUACGGAGAACUCCGAUUCACCUCUUGGGUGCCUUAUGUUUCGUCUUGCAAGAACCACUCUUGAGCAGGGGCUAGACUAUUCAAUAGCAUUUAUAUUAUGUAGGAUAAUUUGUGAGUUGUCUCAACACGGGUUUUUGCAUAUUGGUGCCACUUCUGAGCAUUCUUUUAAUGCUGAAUUAGAAAAUGGAACAGAUUCAAAGACUGAAAAUGCAAUAAAUGAAUCAACACGGGAAAGCAUUCAAUUUUCUAAUAAUAAUGGCAACAAAGAUAUCUGGGUUUCUCCAUCCCCUUCUUCAGCAGAGAUGUUAACAUACUUUCUAAGAUUACUUGCAGUUCCCGAACAAAAAGCAAAGAAUGAGCACUUGAGACAUUUACAAAGACAGAAGGCAGACUACUUAAAAGCAAUUCAGGGUUCAGAAAGUACUAAAAUUCCAGUAAUCUACCCACCAAGUCUUUGGGAUCUUAGAUGUAACGCCCAGUUUAUUUUGUCUGAAGAGUUGACAACAUUAGUUCCAGAUUUACUUUGGCCAUUGUUAAUUGACGCUGUCAAUCACCUGAAGCUUGGCUCUGCUAUGCCUACAGUGUGCGAAUCUUUAUCGAAAUCUUGUCAGAAUCUGUAUCAAAAGACCACACCAGAGGUAUUUUUUAAUGCAUUUCAGUUUCAAAGUACAAAGUAUUUAACUCUGAGCGAUCCAUUCAAAAUAUUUAUUUGGCUUUGUAUGUACGCACAUGAUCCUCAUAUUUAUAAUGGCGUACUUGCAUAUUGGUCCCUUCAAUGUCUUCAAUGGAUAUCCCCGAUGGUAGUUUCGACUCCAAGUUGUAUUUGGGCCUGUAUUCCCUCUCAAAGGCUUCAAUCACUUAUAGAAAUAGCUGAUACAAUAAUAUCUCCUGUCAAAAUUAAAGAGUCUCAAAAUUUUACUUCAGUUUCCAAAUCCUCGAAUUCAUUACUAGAUAAUAAUGUGGUAUCUAACCUCUCAUCAAAAAUUGAUAUUGAUUGUUGGUUCCCACUUGUUGAUGAGUGCAUUUCCUAUAUUCUUUCGGGGAUAUCAGGUGGAGUAGUUUCAUCCAGUCCAUUAAAUCAGAUUGAAAGGCAAGACUUGGUAGUAAAGAAGACUGAUUCGUCUAGUGGAGAAUUUGAGAAGGAACCCGUUAACGGAAUUAAGAGCUCUGAUAUUGUUAGUGAUGCUUUAACCAACCUACUUUUGGCUUUGUUCUCAGCUUGCAAGGAUAUUAGGUCUGACAAGGUGCAAAAAAGCUCAGAAACGCCAACGGAACUUCAUAGAGCAGGAAUGUAUUCUAUAUUGGGCCUUUUAUUAAGAGAAAUUAGCUCACAAGAGUUUUAUGAUUCUGAUCAACAAGAAAGAAAGAACCUAAAUUUUUUGAGGGGAAUUUUUAUUUCGAAUAUUUUAGAUGGAUUAAUAACUCCCGAUAUUAAUUCAAUUGACUCUAAUGGAUCUAAUGCUGCAUCCGUUUCUGGGGCUAGUUUAGCCGGUUUACAGGGUAGAAAUGGAGGUGAAUUAAAUAAGGAUUUGUUAAGUCAAAAUGAAAUUCAAAUAGUUAAAGAUCUAUCUAAACGAUUUUCUGAUCUUCAGCAUUUCUUCCAUGCCAUUGGCAUCAACUCAACUGUACUGCAAAGAAGUUGUGGUAGGAGCAUUGGGUAUGCAAGUAGCCACAAAAACCAUUUCAUUCAUAUAUCUGAAUACCUUUUGGAUCUAAUAAAAUCGGAUGCAGCGAAUAAGCGUUCUGGAGCUUUUAGUUUUUUCGGAAAAUCGUUGGCAGUUGUACAAGCGGAACAACUCAGAUCUACACUAAUUGUUUCUUUUGGUCAUUCAAUUGGAGAGGUACCUGUAUCUUUAUUUAAUUCUGCCACAGAAACGGUCAGGAAAAUUCUUCAAGUACUAGAAACUGCUAUAAAAGAAGAAAAAGAGUUACAGCUACAGUGCUCGACGUUGAAGGCAAUACAGAUAGCUUUUCAGGCAUUAUCCUCUUCUGAGAGUAAUCCAGAGCUUACUUUAUCAUCCAGAAUCAAUUCAGUUCUCAGUAGAUUUCAUUCAGGAGAGGGAAAUGUCAAACUUAAAAAGGAUGUUUAUGGGUUUGAUCGUGGAGACAUUUCCUUGGAACUAUUUAGUUCUUUCAGAGAUCGUAUAUUCCCGUACUUAUUAACUAUUAUUGUAUUUUCAGCAAGUAUUGAACUCCCUCCUGCCCCCUUGAACUCUAUGUUAUUGCUAAAAGCUGCAUCUGGAAUGCCAUAUAGUACAUCUAGUUCAAUUUCUUCUCAAAGAAUCCACACAGAUCCUUCCGGCUCGUAUAUUAGAAGCAUGGUAAGGUAUAGAGAUAUAUCCAUAGGUAGCUUUGAAAGCCUUGAAUACUCCCACGAAGAUUUGGGAACCAUCAGCACAACUAUAAAUGAUUACGAUACUACUGCUAAGGAUAUUUCAUCCUCAGCGAAAGUAGGACGCUGUUCUAAUUCAUAUUCAGAGAGUGAAGAUGCCAAGUUUGGUCCUUUCAAUUUGACUCUAUCUGUCUUAUCCGUUCUAAGCGAAAACCCCUAUAUGAUUUCUGACUCCGUAAAUGGUAAUUUUUUGGAGGCGUUUUGCACAACUUUAGAUAUAUCACCCAAUUUAGGUAGUGUGAUUUCUGCAAACCCUGCCUUAAGGGGCGUAAUAUCAAAUCUCAGCUAUGCGAAGAACAAGAAUGGUUCAGGGCUUAAUGGUAUGAAUGGUUAUUUUGGGGAUACUUCUUCCAUCGAGAUCUCGCCCAGUGGGGUUAAAAGAACUAUGUUAAAAGGGCAUUUCGAAGGAAAUAAGGUAGUUUCUGAUACAUUUGUACAAUCUAGUUCUUUUUCUGGUGGGAGCUCCACUGAAAUGAAUGGAUUUACUCCAGUAGAUUCAAAGAUUACCUCGAACACAUCGUUGGCUCAAACGACUUCUGGAACAUCAAAUACUUUUUCCAGCAGCGUUGGAACAUUAAAUCAGACGAAAAACCCGAGUAAUAUUAACCUCAGUACACAGAGUUGCAAUUCAAAUACUGGAAACGUUAACAUAGGUUCUGCUAAUACAACAAGUUCAGCAAAUACUUCAAACAGCAACACAUCCAGCGUAAAUACAACAGGAAAUAGUACAACUAUAGGUACUGCUGGGGGUUUGAUCUCUAGUUCUGGUAGCUCAACAAAUAAUAACAAUAAGCCAGGUACUGGAAAUACCAACAAUUCACCCAAUUCCGUUGUUUUUAAUAAACUUUUACUUGAUGCAUUAGAUGCUUCAAUCUCGCUGAUAUCAUUUCCUUCUCCGCUUUUGCCACAACAUAUUCCUUUGGUUGUCAGCUCUUGUUUAACUAUUUUGGUAACUGUAUCCUCUAGGAUUCAGUUCAGGCGUUUAACAGAAGAAGAUUUUUCAAUCUUUUAUACCAGGAACAUUGAGAAAUUUAAUCUACCAUCUCCCUCAUUGAAUAUUAUUGAUGGUGGGUAUAGGUUAGAAGAAAUGAUGAGUAUUAUUGAAGAUUCUUCUUUGCCAACCAGUAACUCUGAGGUUUCGGUGUUCAAAAUACUUGAUUCUCUUGACAGACUGUAUCUGAGUAUAUAUAAGUCUCAUAUGCCUUCUUGGGCAGGGCUAACUCAUCUUCUCGAGGGUUUACUUGGGCUUGCAGCUACAUCAACUUCUUCCGUAUUAAGGUGCAUUUGCAUCCAAGUCGUGUACUGCUUGCUGUGCGAAGCUCCUCUUGUGGAAAUCUUCCAACAAUCUCAAAUUAUUCAAAGGCCUGAGAACAAUGAUUCUAAUCUAAUGAACAGCAAGAAUUAUGAAGGAGUUCCACCAAAGGGAACAUGGGUUUCCUGGAUGCAUUGUAUAGCCUUAGUUUUAGGGAGAACUUGCGAUUCCUGUCUAUUUGUCCGUCUAAUAGCGUUUGAAUGUAUUAAAGAGUGCAUGAAAAGAUGUAUUUGGACACAGAAGAUUGAUUUGUCACAAAUCAUGGCUAUCGAUUUUGGAACGGAUGACAGUUUAAAAUACUCCGGUAACAGAGUGCCUUGGAUUUCUCUUUCUGGUAACUUCGAGGUUGAAUGUAGAAGCGACCAAAAUGAAAUUAUUGGUGUUAUUCCAAAAGAACAAGAAAAGAUUUUGUCAGAUAUCCAAUCUUUGAUUCUUCCUCCCACCUAUCUAAACUUGUUAUGUAAUUUAGCUAACUGCAUUCCAGCCUAUUGUUUAAGACCAUUGUGUCAACAUAUACUUCCAUCUUUCCACGAUACAGACAAAAUUACUGCUCAUUCCGGUGUUGAAACUGUUAGAGUUCUUUUUUCUAUAAAUAAAAAUAUUUUGGAAAAUGAAUCUUUUGCUUGUAAGAUUGUCUCAUCUUUAUUUGAAGAAAUAUCUGCAAUUAAAGAUUUGGAACUUCAACAUUUUGUCUAUCUGUUAAUCAGAAAUGUUGUUUCUUUCAGGUUCCAGGCAGCGAUAUCAGAGAUAUUUAGGAAAUGUAUCCAACCUCAAAAGUAUAUUAAUCAUAUUGUUACGGGUGACUCUUUUAGCGGAGAUUUUAUUGAGAAUAUUGUAGUAAAUAACUGUGGAGGGCAAAAUAGCGAAUGGACAGCAGUGGAUAUCCCAUCAGAUAAUGGAAAGAUUACGAAAAAUAAUGCUCAAGGUUCGGUAAACUCAAAACUGGGAAUAGGACUAAAAAAUAUGAUAAAUAUAAUUUUUGUGGUGGAUCCUAUUUACUCUAAAGCUAUUUCCUAUAUUGGAAAGGAUAAAUCACUUUUGUUGGAGUCUUUCCGAUAUCUUACUGACGUACUCAAUAAUACCGAACAGAAUUAUUUAGAUAUAGUUGAAAUGAAUGAAAGAUUAUGCAGUAAGAUUUGUUCAUCUUCGAAUAUUAACUUUUCAAGUAUGGCUUCUAGUAAUCAGGCUACUAUAAACACCGCAAUUUCUCCCACGCAUAACUCUGUGGCAAAUCUUAUUGGAACUGGAAUAGUAGUUGGAGGUACACUCUCUAUGGGGAUUACUGCCAAUGUAGCUGGUCCUUCAGCAGGUUCUUUCUCUUUAGUAAAUAAGUCCUUGAUGUUUCCUUUUUCAACAUUUUCAAUAUUACCAAGCGAACAUAUUAAUAUCCGUUCGAGCACUCUGGCUUUGGAUAUCCUUCUUCAGACAAACGACUCAGCAAUCAAAAUUUUAGCAAAAAAACACUUCCCGGAACUUAUUUCAACUAUUCUUUUGAGAUGCUGUUCAACAUUGGGAUACAUCAAUAUGGGAGCUUUAGAAAGUAGCAAUGCUCUGAGAUCAUUGUUCCUUGCGUUGCAUGAUUCAGAUACUAUUCUGACGUUCUUUGAUGCAAAUCAACUUAAGUUAUCGUUAAUAAAACCAAAUGAGUUUGACUAUGCUGUUAUGAAGCUUCUGUGUUAUUUAUUUAUUAACAACCCAAACUUCACGACUUCUAUAAUAUCCUUUGUUAGACCUUUCUUAAGAAGAGUAAAUUCUAUAUACAGCAUGAGCGCUUUAAUACUUUUGGCCCCAACUCCAUUAGGUAUAUAUUACAAGGAAUACAUAAAAUACCCAAAGGUUUGUGAAAAAGUGUAUGGAGAAUUAAGAACAGAAGCUAACAUUUCUUCUGAAAAGGAUGGGCUGGAGAAUGUUUACAGUUUGGAAUUUUUAGAUAGUAUUUUAAGUAUUAUAAAGACUUCAAAUAAUCCAUAUUCAAAAAAGAGCGGACUUAUAUUUUUCCAAUGGUACUUUUGGUAUUGUUUAGAAUCAAGGAAGUACCCAAGUGGGGAGUUUCUACUCAAGUUUUUGAAUGUUUGUUUCACAAAUGUGAUAGGAAGCUCAUUAAUUAGGACUGGGGUAAAUAAUAAUACCAGGGAGGUUUUGAAUCCGAAGGGUUUUCGAUUGGAAGAAAAAAAUGAGCAAGAAUGUAACGAAGAUAGAGGGGAAUUAAAUGGAUCUAGAGACUUUGAUGCUUCUGGAGAAUAUAAAUCUAGAAAUGGAACCGAUGAUGAAUACAACGUACAAUUUAGAAGUAAAAUUAAGCAAGUUAUUAAUGAGUAUAAAGAAGAAAAUUCAGAAGAAUCUAUUCAUGAAGAUACUGAUGAAGAUGUUGCUGUUUCGAACUCAUUUACGGACUUAAGCGAGGGAGAAAUCUCUAGUGAAAUUAAUUCUGAAGAAGAGUUAAAAGGAAGAAAAGCAAAUUUGAAUAGAUCCGAUGUAGUAGAAGUUCCGAUUAAAAUAAAGAAUAGAUUGGUAGCUACGGAGUAUUUGAAGGAGUGCCUUGUUUGCCUUAGAUACCUGGUUUGUUUAAUUUCAAGGAUCAGCACGGGGCUUUCUCUCCAAUUUGUUCCAGAACACCCCACUAUCUACCUUAACUUUAAUGAAGAUAAAAAGGUUUCAGCUUGUUUAGAAAAAAAUUCUCUUUACUCAGAGUUCGUUGAACUGCUGUUCUUGUCUCAAGGAGAAACUCAUGGUGGCCAAUUACAAGUUGAAAGCUUCCAAACUGCUAUAUUUGAAUCUGAAGACUUAUGUAAAGCUCUUGUAGGGGAAAACAGGAUUUCAGACAUAUUUAUCGAUUUUAUUACAAAUAGUGACAUGGAUUUGAAUAUAACCUACCAAAAAAUGUAUUUAUUACUGGAUAUUUUAAUUUUAAUUAGGCAGAAUUGGAAGGAAAGAAGACCAAACUUUGAAGAAAUUGAGCCAUUAAGAUCUAGCAUAAAGAAGCUUCUAAUUCCUCUUUUAGUUAGAUUGGAGGGACCAACUCUGGAGCUUAGUAGGUCGGUUUGGAGAGCAGUGCAACUUAUUUUAUCAAUAAUUCUGGAUGAAAACGAGUGGUUGAAAGUUCUCAAUGAAAUCCACAGGAAGAUGAUUUUGGAUGAUCUGAUGGUUCAAAAUUCUUCCUCAUUAUCUUUUAUGGGGUAUCGGAAUUCUAUAGGUUCACCAAUAUCCACGAAUAUGAGCCCCACAUCAAUUAACAGGAUCAGGACCUCGAAAAAUAUUUCUAGAAUGAAUGCAGAAAAGCCUUCUAGCAAUGACUCACUAAGGAAGAUUGAUACUAGGCAACAUGCUGAUGAAAGAUCUAACGAAGAUAAUAUUCAAGUAAUCAAUGUUGACAAUUUUACUCUUUCAUAUAAAAAUGAGUUAUCAGAUGGAGACAAGAUAUAUCAUUAUAUUUUGCCAAGUAAAUAUAGAAAGAUUUCCAAGACAAUAGUCGGAGAUGGAGUUAAUAAUAUAAUGGAUGUAUUCCACAAUGGAGGAAGAAAUUCAAAUUUUAGUAGUGAAGUCAAUCCUUCAAAUAAGUUUGUCCAGAUUAAGUAUUCAGGAGAAUGCGAAGUGAUGAAUGAAUACUUGCUGCCAAUUGUGAAUCCAAUUGAAUCAAACAGCUAUCAGCCAUUUUUGAACUGUAUUAUUCCUUUCAUUAUUUAUUCUGAGAUUUUGAAGGAUAGUUCUUUGAGAUUGAAAUCUGAAUACCAAAAGUCUGAUCUGCAUUUCAGAAAAGGGAGUAGCAAAGAAAUAAAUAUUUCUGGAACGGAAUAUAGUAAUAAGAACGAAAAAGAUAUUACAACAUUCGGAGCAAAGUUAAGUAAUUCAACUCUUAGGGAGUUGGGAAGAAAAAUAGAUGAUUGCCAUAUGUACUUGAAUAAAUGCCGUUACUAUUUCCCAAGAGAAGUUUGGGAGAUAACAGAAACAGCUUUUUCUACUAUUCCAAAGGAGCUAGAUAGAAUAAGGAAGGAAGCAGAGACUCAACAUUUACUAUUUAAUAGAAACAUUUUCGGUGAAAUGGUGAAUGAUAACUUUGACUCUAAUAAUGGGCUUGGAUUUCUGGGACAAAAAAGCUUUCUAAACAAAGAUAUAGAAAUUGCAGAUUUGAACUCUUCCACAUACUUUGAUUCACAAAGUCACAGUUUUUCAUUUAGUAGUUACUCUUCAAGUUCCGGAAUGAUUUCAAUCCCUAGUUUUGCAAGGACAGCUUUGUCUAGAUUUAAUAUUUUGUGGAACACUAAUAGGGCAUUAGGGACAAUAAAAGAAGAUUUUGACGGUUCUGGGGCAGUAAUUAAUCAUGGGGAUUUUACGACAGAUCCAGAAUUAUUCAAAGAAAAAACAGACCAAAUCACAGGUAUUUCAAUGAAAAAUAAGGCAAGACAAAAAUUAUCAAAUUCAGAUUCUUUUGAUAGGCUCAAUGAAUGUGAACAAAGCAAAGAAGAUACUUCUUUGGAUGAAAGAAUUGAUAUGAACUCUUCCAAUGAAUUCAUUGCAGAAGAUGUUUCUGAGAAUGCAAUUAGAGAUUCAAAUUCUCCAGUUUAUUCAAAGUUUAUUCGAAAAGAUAAUAGGUUGCCUGAAACUUUGGAACAGCAAUUGAACAUAAAGAAGAUGGAACUAAUUUCUGAAUAUAUCAAAUAUCCUGCCAUCUUUAAGAAUCUAGAGAAAUACAGAGAGGUUAAUGGAGAUAUGAGGGCAGUAAUAGAGGGAAUUGCUGCAAUUUUAGCUUCUACUUUUAUUAAAUACAUUUCUACUGAACUAUUUCAACAUUUAUACACAUCUGAGGUAUUUAUGUUUAUGGCUUACAAAGAAAUUUCUGAGACAGAUGUCAUUUUAUGUAAAAGUUCUAGCCUAGAUUCUGAUUUUAAUUCGGAAGAACACCUGAGAAGAGAGCAUACAUCAAAAUGCUUGGAUAAUGAGGAGUUGAUGGCAAUCAUUGAUAAGCUGCUUUCACUAGAAUCAUUAGUUGCUGCUAUAUGCAAACAAAUAUCAACCUUUGUAGCUCAUUCUCAAUCACCGAGCAGACACCGUUUUGCGAAGGCCUUAGCCAAUUUAGUUUAUAUUUCGUUUAAGCCAUGA